AAAGAAUCGUUUCUGCCAAAAGAAAUCGAUAGAAGAACAUGUCAACCGCAGGGAACUCCACCAGCGAUCCGAACGCAGCAGGCGUUAGCAAUAAACAAUUCUUUUGCUACCAAUGUAAACGCACCGUCAACGUGACAGUCUUCCCCUCCUCCGACGUCUCCUGCCCCAUCUGCAACGGAGGCUUCAUCGAAGAAUAUGAAAACCCUAAUCCACCAUUUCCAAAUCCGCCUUCAUAUCUCAGCCCUUUUAAUGACUCCUUCAAUCCCCUAUCAGUUUCACUCACAAACGUUCUCCAGCUCCUCUUAUCAUCCUCCUCUCCGACACCAUCGUCAUCCUCUGGCACCGUCGACCUCCAGAACCUUUUUGGAUCAGCCCGGCCAGCCUCAGGCAACCCACAAGGGUUUGAUCCCUUCAACUUUGUGCAGAACUAUCUGGAGAACCUGCACUCCAGUGGGGCUCAUGUCCAGGUUGUGUUCGAGAACCAACCGUCGGAGACAGGCUUCCGGCCUAUCAAUCUUGGAGACUACUUCAUGGGGCCUGGUCUCGAACAGCUCAUUCAGCAGCUCAUGGAGAACGAUCCUAACCGCUAUGGCACCCCACCUGCUGCCAAGUCUGCGAUCGAUACCCUCCCUUCUGUAAAAAUAACUGGCGAGGUAAUGAAUUCGGAGAUGAAUCAGUGCGCAGUUUGCAAGGACGAGUUCGAGGAAGGUGCUGAAGCCAGGCAGAUGCCGUGCAAACAUCUCUACCAUGAAUAUUGCAUAUUGCCGUGGCUCGAAAUGCACAAUUCAUGUCCUGUUUGUCGGUAUGAAUUGCCCACAGAGGAUGAAGAUUACAACCGAAGGAUGCAAGGUGGCCAGGGGGGCGGAGGGAGUGGGAGUGACAAUAGUGAUGGGCAGAGUUCAGGUGCGGAGAAUCGGACAUUGGGGAGGAGUUUUAGUAUAUCAUUGUCAUGGCCAUCUGGGCGUGGUGGGUCAGGUUCUGGGACAGAUUCAGGGACAGGUGCUGGCUCUGAGACUCGAUAUGAAGAUCUGGAUUGAGAAUUCUUGCAACGCAGCCAAAACCUGGAGCUAAAGGGACAGAUUUAUGUAUAACAUGAGAAGCGAACAUUUAAAUGUGCACAACUUAAGUUUUUCACGCCAUUGUUUGUGUAUAAGACCUAUUAGCAUUACUACUUUAUUUUGCAGUUGUAUAGAUGCUCUUGUCCCGUCCCUUAGAAUUUUAAGGGUCAUUUGGAACCAAUGGCCAUUGAACCUUUUUGAAAGGUUUAUUUUAAUACUUGAGCUCUUUGUCAAUCCGGGUCCUUAUUUAUGUUUAUUGUUCUGUACAUUGUGAUUGAUGUUGCAUCAGCCUGAACCAGUCUGAAGAAGCAAGUAGAGACCAAACUCUUGGGGUCGGUGUUGGUUGUCAAAAAACAAGGUUUUUUUCA